AUGACAACCUACACAACCGACCACGCCCCCGCGGUCCUCCAAACCCACGGCUGGCGCACCCUCAGCAACUCCGUCCCCUACAUCCUCCCCUACCUCAAACCCAACAUGACCAUCCUCGACAUCGGCUGCGGCCCCGGUAGCAUCACGAUCGACUUCGCGCGACACGUCCCCUCAGGCCACGUAACGGGCGUCGAAUACGUCGCGGACCCACUGGAGCAAGCACGCACGCUCGCCUCCUCACAAGGCAUCACAAACAUCACCUUCCAAGUAGCCGACAUCCACGCCCUCCCGUUCCCCGACAACACCUUCGACCUGGUGCACGUGCACCAAGUGCUCCAACACAUCGCGGACCCCGUGCUGGCGCUGCGCGAAAUGCGCCGCGUGGCUAAACCCAACGGGGGGAUUAUCGCGGCCCGCGAAUCCAGUGCGAUGACGUGGUAUCCUGAGAAUAAGGCGAUUGAGCUGUGGUUGGAUAUUACGACGAAGAUGGCGAGGGACAGAGGUGGGAAUCCGCACCCUGGGUCGAGGAUUCAUGUGUGGGCGGAAGAGGCGGGGUUUGUGCAGGAGAGGAUUAAGAAGACGGCGGGGUCGUGGUGCUUUAGUAGUCCGGAGGAACGGAGGUAUUGGGGGGGUUCGAUGGCUGGGAGGGCGGCGAAUUCGGGGUUUGCGACGCAGGCGCUGGAGGGGGGGUAUGCGAGUAAAGAGCAGUUGGAGGCGGUUGUGAGGGGGUGGGAGGAGUUUGUGGAGUGUGAGAGGGCUUGGUUUGGGUUGUUGCAUGGGGAGAUUGUUGCUUGGAAGUAG